UAUAUAAAAAUCUUGAUGCGCGCGUUCUGCCGCAUCUCCGGCGACAGUUUCGUAUUCUGUGCGUUCUCGGAGCAGUUUGCGCUGCGUGUGGGGAACAGGAGCGCGAGGACAGAUGGCUGCGCUCACGAUACAGAGGACUGACAACUUUUUACACACCUUCCUGCAGGACCGGACGCCCAGCUCCUCUCCGGAGGGCGCGCCCAACGCCCUCUCCUUCCUGGCCACCACCUGCAGCCAGGCCUGGCAGGUGGGCAGCGCCAUGGGCUCGGAUGGCUCCCAGUUCCCUUACGAAGGCACGGUCAGCUCCACAUCUGGAAUGUUUCAGCUAUGGAGCAACGACAUGCCCCCCAGCACUGCCCUCAGCACGCACCAGAUGACUUUCACGGUGCCCAAGGUGCAGUUUCCCGGGCACAUGCAGUCCGGCCUGGGUCACCACCACCAUCAUCACCACCAUCAUCCUCAUCACCACCACCACGAGCUGCCUCUGACCCCACCGGCCGAGCCUGCGUCCUCCUACUCCUUCGAACUGUCCCCUGUUAAGGUGCUGUCUUCGCAGGCGCAGUCCAGCAGCCCCUAUUACCCCCAACACAACGGCGUGGGGCAAAACUUCCCCAGCUUUCUGCAGAAUUCCUCCGCCAGGCAUCACCUUUCGGGCGGCCACGUGGAGGACGGCCAGCAGUGGUGGAGCCUCCCACAGACCAACAGCGCUCCAGCCAGCCACCCCUUCUCCCUGGGCAGGCAGCUGGUUCUGGGUCACCAGCCGCAGAUAGCCGCUCUGCUCCAGGGCACCUCCAAGGGUCUGCUGAGCUCCACGCGCCGCUGCCGGCGGUGCAAAUGUCCGAACUGCCAGACGAACAGCGGGGGGCUGGAGUUCGGCAAGAAGAGGCUGCACAUCUGCCACAUCCCGGAGUGCGGCAAAGUGUACAAGAAGACUUCCCACCUGAAGGCGCACCUGCGCUGGCACGCCGGGGAGAGGCCCUUCAUCUGCAACUGGCUCUUCUGCGGCAAGAGCUUCACGCGCUCCGACGAGCUGCAGCGGCACCUCCGCACGCACACCGGGGAGAAGAGGUUCGGGUGCCAGCAGUGCGGCAAGAGGUUCAUGAGGAGCGACCACCUGUCCAAGCACGUGAAAACCCACCAGAGCAGGAAGGGUCGGUCCGGGCAGCCCCCUCAGGGCACAGACCCAAUGCUCGCUAGUAUUAAAAGAGAGUGAGCUGCUUCAUGCAGAUUCAAAUAAAGCAAGACAAAAAAAUAUAUAUAUAUAUAUAAAUAUAUAUAUAACUGUGGGAAUCACAUUUACUGCCAUAGAUUUGCACUACAGGGUAAGCGUUCCCUGAAUGUCAUUCUUCCUUGUCAGAAUCCUGCUUUUAAACCAACCUGGACUCUUGUGCAAAGACUUUGGGUGAAAUCCUUAUUGUUUUGUUUUUAUUUUACCCCAAGAUGAAGCUUUUGCAGUGAUCUUGUGAAAGUUCAGCGUGAAUGAUUAAAGAGCCUUUGAUAUUCAUUAUGUAAAUCUUAUUUAAAUUUCAACUGGUGUGAAAGUCUAUUUUUUCAGACUUUAUUGUGUAAAUAUUUGACUAUGUUAAACAGCUGAUCAUAGGGUUCUACCUUAGUAUGUGCUCUGGAGAAUUAAGUUGAACAUAAAUGUAUGCCUUAGCUGGAAAACUGCAAUGAUCUCUGAAAUUAUUAGGAGUUGUGGGGGGGAAAUUGCAAAAUCGUAACUCGGUUUUCAUUCCGGAUUUGCUCAGAAAUUGUUUGGAAAGUUCAACUCUUUGAUUUGUCUGUUUUUUUAAGAGGCAAAGUGAUAAAAUACGCUGCUGGUCAAUCUGUUUAAACUUCAAAUUGUUUGUAAGUUAUGUAAAACUAUUCUGACCGGUUUUAUUUGGGUUUUGGCAGCAUGUAAAUUUGAAUAAACACUGUCAUGGGGAA